UCUUUAUUAUUCUUAUUUCAGGUAGCACCAUGUCCCUAGCAUCUGGUCUUUUGUUUGGAGCUAUGGCAGGCUAUGGGGCAUCUCUAACUUCAAAAGACCCAAACAACUAUUUUGUCAUCUUUGGAACAUCUGUGGUGCUAGCAGGUGUUAUGGGAUACCGAUAUUCUAACAGUGGUAAAUUCAUGCCAGCUGGACUUGUUGCAUCUUUGAGUCUCUUUAUGUUACUACGAUAUGGUCUGCGGAUGAUCAAGUAAAAGCUACGGCACCUUCAUGAAGCAUUCAUUGGAGACAAUAUUUUUUAACGCAUUGUAUUGUGCUACUUGAACAUAAUGUAACGUAUCAUGUACAUGUAUAUCACUGUGUGUUGUAAAUCGCAGUGGCUAUCUAGGGGGAAAGGGGCAUAUGCCUUGGGCACCACUUUCAGGGGCAGACAAAAGUGGAAAAGGUGAGAAAAAAACAUGUUAAAAUUCUAAUUUGACAGACUAUAAAACAUGCUUACAAUUUUAGCGCUUGCCCCAGAAACUUUUUUUUAUAGAUAUUCCAGUGGUAGGUACAUGUACCUGAGUUGGUGUAUAUAUUCUCUCUGUACUAUAGAAAUAAAUUUUCAAAUUUUGUGGCAUCACCUUCAUUUUGAAAGAGGUUCGUUGUUUAUCAGACACUCCAGGCUUGUCUAUUUUCCAUUUAAACAUUCAUUCAUCCUCCAAAUCAAUUCCUUGUUGUGAUGUCCUUACAGUAAGAAUAUUUCGGUUUUGUAAUGAUUUUUUUAUCUUCAAGAUUCGUGCUUGUACAAGUAGCAGUGAAUAAUAAUGUAUUGAGGGACCAAGCCGCAGUAAUCACAUGGCUCCUACAAGAAUGAUCCAUGGUAAUCAGAAAACUUUCACUAUUUUCUUUUGGGGCACUACUGGGGCUGUUUCAAUGUACCUUCCACCAGGAGAGUUUUGCCCUCAACCAAUCAGAUGCAAUGGUUUCAGUAGAUUGUAACAUUUAUCUAAAAAGCACUGACAAUAUGCCUCAUUAAAUGUCCCCAGUCAGCCUUCCAUGAUAAAAUGGACUGGUGAAAUACAUUACUAUGGUUUUGAAUCUGUGACCUUGGUCUGUCAAGAUUUCAUACAUAAUGUGAAUUACACUUUUACAUGUAGCGAGACUACCGUAAGUCCCAUUAGAAAUGUGUACAUUUCUCAAAGUCCGCUAAGUUCGCACUUGAUAAUUACGCAAACAACAUUAAAGAGCGAACUUUGUAAAAUUGAUUGAGAUAAAUAAUGGGCUCGUUAACAAUGUAAUCUCUGUAACAUGAAUUUAGCAUACUAAAACGAAAGUGUGCAACCAUCUUUAGACUAUCAGUCAAUAUACAUGUACAUGUUCAUGUGCAUACACCAUAUUUUCAGACUACUAAUUCCCAAAUAGCCUUUUUAUUUAGGAGCCUUUACGAGAUAUGGGGAAUUGCGAGUGUCAGCUCCCAAACCAAGUCCUUGAUUUAACGCAAAUUUAUAGCGAAUUUACACUCAAUUGCAACUCAACUUUCUUACAGUACUGCAUUGUGCUUAAUUUUGGUCUCACUUGGUUUGCAAUUGAACUUAAGUUUCUUGCAAUGCCCCUGUAGACAAUAGGAGGGGGGGGGGGUACAUCAUCGUUAAAUAUAUAUGGUGUAAAGCCACCCAAUCAUUAUGUUCAAGUUCAAGUUUAUUUAAACCAAUCAAAACAAGAGACAUAUUACACAGUUUAACAAAAAAAGAGAAUACAUGAUUGUUUAUCUUUAAAAUCAGCCACAUUUUGUGGGGUGUCUUUCAAUGCAUUGUAGAGCAUUCUAUGUGUGCAUCGUCAUUGAAGAAAUCAGAAAUGUAGUGUAUUACUAGCGUACAUGAGAUUAUCUGGUUGAUGUCAUUUCAUAUACUGUGUAUACAUUUAAUUCAUGUAUUGACAAUAAACAAAGAACAGUACUGAAACGUGAA